AUGAUCUUCACGAACGACGACAAGGCUAAUAUUCCGUCCGACUUACCCCCCGCCCCCCCAUCGACAUCAAAGAACACCGAAGAGACGGUACUCGAUCAAGGAUCAGCGUCAGGAAAUGACAUAGAACGCACCCCAUCCGCAAAGAGCCUUGCCUCAUACCGUGACCCCUUCGAAUUCAACAACGGUCUCAAGUCCGAACAGGAACUCCAGGAACUUCGCAAACGAAAGGGUGGCAAGCCACUCGAGCGUUAUCACGAACGACAGAAUGCCCUCAUCCAUGCCCUCCUCAAGCCUAUGGAAGAACACACAGAAGAUGCGAGGAUAGUGGAGGAUGCAGCGCGAUUACCUGUACGAAUAGCUGUCCACGCUAGCAUGUGGGCUAAUUUCGCGCUUUGUGUCCUACAACUAUACGCUGCAAUAUCCUCUGCCUCGCUCUCUCUCCUCGCCACUGGUAUCGAUUCCGUCUUUGACAUCGGCAGCAACGUGUUGCUAUACCUCAUCCAUAAGAAAGCCAACAGCAUGGACAUCAAUAGAUGGCCCGUCGGAGGCUCAAGGCUAGAGAACAUUGGAAACGUUAUUUAUGGAUUUCUCAUGGGCUCCGUAAACCUCGUCGUCAUCGUCGAGUCGGCUAGGGAUCUGAUCACGCAUGGUGGUGGAGAUACGAACAAGUUCCACGUACCUUCGAUAGUGGCCGUCGGCGCUGCAUUAGGUGUCAAGUUCCUUCUAUUUCUCUAUUGCUAUUCUUUACGGACACGGUCCAGCCAAGUAUUAGUCCUCUGGGAAGAUCAUCGCAAUGACUUGUUCAUCAAUGGCUUCGGUAUACUCAUGUCUGCGGGCGGUAGCAAGCUACGGUGGUACCUUGACCCAAUGGGAGCCAUUAUCAUUGCGGCAGGAGUCAUCAUCUCCUGGACACAUACAAUUUACAAGCAAUUCGAGCUCCUGGCCGGAAAAUCCGCACCGCACGAUUUCCUGCAGCUCAUUAUCUACAAAGCAACGACGUUCAGCGACGAUAUUGAGAAGGUCGAUACGGUCCGGGCGUACCACAGUGGACCGGACUACUUCGUCGAAGUUGACAUCGUCAUGUCCGCGAACACGCCAUUAUGGAAAGCGCACGACAUCAGCCAACAGCUGCAGGACAAGAUCGAAGUGCUGCCGAACGUAGAACGCGCGUUCGUGCAUGUGGAUCAUGAGGCAACACAUACGCCGGAGCAUCGAAAACAACAAUAACCAAGUUCUUAGUACUGUACGAGAUCUAUAGUCCCUUCUGCCUCCCUUUCUAUUUCACGGUCUUCGCUCGGUUCUCGGUCGUCACUAUUUAUCUUGGUCCGUGCUGCUGCUUCUCGUCAUCAUUUCUCUCAUGCAUCUGCUAUGCCGUCGGCCAGUGCUUUUACCCCGGAGCUCGAAGAGGCCUCAUACUCACACCCUUCUGUCAAUCCCCGUUCUCACGUCUGCUCACGCUCGCGAUUCCCACCCAUCCAAGCCAAUCGCACUCAUACUUGCUUGACUCUUAUACUGUAUUCACUCAUCGCUAUCCGCCUUCGGAUCUUAUAACCCAAAUAUUUGCUAGACAUUCUAUUCGUGACACAGACAUCCUAUCUUACUUACCUCUAUCUUCC